AGUGCAGUGAAGUGUGCCAUCACAACAGGAGCGCACAGGCAGCUUCAAGGAGGCGGGGAAGACAAUGCUGGAGAAGACUAAGAAGGUGUUCACGAUUCGUAACAUUACCAUAAGGCAGAUGCUGGCAGAAGCACUGGGAACAUUCAUCCUCAUGGUUUUUGGCUUGUCCUCUGUGGCACAAGUGGUAUUGGGAAAAGGAAACAGUGGUCAGUAUCUGAGCAUCAAUAUGGCAUUUGGCAUUGGCGUUACCUUGGGUAUCUAUGCGGCUGGAAGAGUUUCUGGAGCUCAUAUGAAUGCUGCCAUCACCGUUACACAGUGUGUUUUAGGAAACAUCUCCUGGACAACGCUUGUAGCUUAUGUAAUCGGCCAGUUCCUGGGCUCCUUUAUGGCAGCAGCCACCGUCUUUGCUCUCUACUAUGAUGCUAUUUAUGACUACACCAAUGGGAGCUUUACAGUGACAGGACCAACUGCCACAGCGAUGAUCUUCUCUACAUACCCUGCUUCCAAUGUAUCCUUGCAGGGAGCCUUCUUCACAGAGUUUACAGCAACAGUUAUGUUGAUCCUGGGUAUUCUAGUCAUCCAUGACGAGAAAAACAACGCAGCUGUCAAAGGCGCUCAGCCCAUACUCACGGGUAUGCUGGUCCUGGGCAUUGGUCUGGGAAUGGGGCUGAACACAGGCUAUGCCAUAAAUCCCUCCAGGGACCUGCCCCCACGGAUCUUCACGGCAGUUGCUGGCUGGGGAAUGGACGUCUUCACGGCUGACCAUUCCUGGUGGUGGAUCCCAAUCACAGCUCCAGUUCUGGGAAGUCUUUUUGGUGUUCUAAUGUACAAACUCUGCAUUGAAUUUCACAACCAGCCUGUCCAAGAAUUGGAACAUGAGAAACAAGAGGCAGUCACGGAGACUUCCAGACUGUGAUGGCCAUGUGCUGUGACGACACAUGUGAAGGGCACAUCUGUUUGUCCACCAUGCUGGUGGACAGAUGAGGGACUAGAUUUCAGUAAACCUACUCUGCUUAAACAGAUAAACUUGGUAUCUGAGAUAUUGAGAAGACCUAUGUAGGGCUAGACCUGGCUGUGACCUGAAGGAAUUAUUCAAUCUCCCUUUGUAAAAAUCUACAAAAAAACCCUACCAAAAAACAAAAACAAAACAAAACAAAACAAAACAAAACAAAACAAAUCCCAAAACAAAACUCAACCCUCAAUCAUUAUAUUCUGAAGAAAAGCAAAGCAGAGCUACAAGUCUCCAGAUACAUAUAUAUUCAUACAAAUCAAAAUACAGGCAUCAGUAGUGGCAGAUACAACAUGAUUAAGUCAAUUAACACAUAAAUUUUGAUAUGGAAUAUUCUUUGGUAAGAGGCAGAUACCACAGUGAUGGACCAUGGGCCUAGGCUUGCUUCAUUUGCAUAUCUGUCACCCUAACAAACACCUAGUUUGGAAGAGCACAGAAGAGAAAAGAACAAGGACAAUCUGAAAAAGAAACACGAACCUGUUGGGUUGUUUGGGGUUUUUUUGUGCUUGUUUUUUAUUUUGUUGUUUUUGAUCUGAACAUUCAGGAAGCAUUAAAAAGUUACUAAACUAAAUUACAGGGUCUCCUGAAUCCUGCCACAGUUCUGCUGGAACAUGCUGGCAGCAAAGAACCAUGUGUGUACUGACACUCUAGACUUGAGCUACACCAACUACCACCACAGGAAAGAAGUCAGAGAACUUCUGUGACAGUGUCUCCAAAAUCUUGAACAACCACCCCCCCAUACUUUUUUCCUACCUCUGAAUGCAUGAGAAAUGCAAGAUCUUGCCCCGCUGCUACAGGAAUUCUGCUACUUCCAUCUGAAUGAGGAAGUGGGCCUGCAACAGCCUUACAAGUUUGAGGUGUGACUGGAUUAGAGGCAGAACACUAUCAGAAGCUGCCUGUUCCCAGGAGGGUGACAACAGUCCUAACUUUUCUAGAAAGUGCUCAAGCAACUACAGUAUGUAUGUCAAGCACAUAACUGCAGUCCCAGGGUUGGGUGCCAUGAAUAAACAACACAGAGUUAUCCAAGAGUGGGAAGUGACAGAACAUCACUACUGCACAGAAUUCCAGAAAAGGGCAUUUACUGGAUUUAAUGGUCGUUCCCAUCCCAGUAUUAAAAGCAUAACUGAGGUAUUGCUGUGGCAUGGGGUGGGGUUGGGUGGGAAGUACUGACAUGUGUGCUUUCUCCUUAGAGCUCACUUUAUGUCAGUAGAGCAGCUAGAACAGAUCUUCACCUGUCUCAAGAUGCACAUGGGCUUGAGAGGUGCACGAGAGGAUUUCUUGUCAUCUGGGGGUGGCAGAGAGUGGUUGCCAGGCAAUGCAGCAACAGCAUUUGAAGGUGGGCCCUUGGCAGUGCUGGAAGCAGAAAAAUACACCUAAACAGGGGCUGGUGGCUGCAGAGAUUUGGCACAGUGACUGCAGGCCAGAAGUAGAACAGCUGCCACAAAGCUCAGUCUUCUGGCCUGUGUGAAAUAAACUGGGAAUUUCUGAGUAGCUCAAGAGAGAUAAGCUGGAAGCACUGUAACCCAUCCCUUCUCAGGGAGAGAUUCUCAACUGCAUUGAAGAAGCACCCCAAACAAUCCAUCCUGAACACUGCUCUUGCCUCUGCAUCCCAUGUCCAUGUGCUCCCCAAAGCAUCUUCAGAUACCAAAUCACUUUGGAGGAAAAUAUUCAAAUAUUUAUUAUAAUACUAUUAAGCACUUACAGGAUGGCUUCAUCUUUCUGAAGGUCAUACAAAUACUCAUGAAAGCCUCACAACAUCCCUGUGAGGUAGGUUUGUCUUGUGUAAUUAUGCGGUGGUUUUUCAAAAAUUAGAGAUGAUGAUGUUUAAAUAGUCAAUGCUUACUUGAAAACAGUGAUUUCUAUUUCCAUAUUCAGGCACAAAAUGUGUAGGGUGCUACCAUAAUUCCAGUGUAUUUGGAAGACAGAAUAGCAUAGAAAAAUAAUGGAAACAAACAGGAGCAACUGAAAACCAGCAGUGAAUGGGUUAAAGUGCAGUUCUAACCUGAAAACUUACAGUAUAGAAAACAGCAUCAGGGGCUUCUAAGGCUGUAGGAUCUCACUGGCCCCCAGUGAGAUCCUGCCCAACUGAAAAGUGUCUGUUUCAAUGGUCAGCUUUGCAAAUGAAUGUGUGACAAACCAAGGGGUCCUCCAGGCUGAUGGGAUUCAACACCAUUGACUCUCUGCUCAGCAGUUCCCACAAAGGGAGGCAACAAAGGAUCUUGCAGCUUCUGGCUUCAGGAUUAUUGCAAAUCAUGUCAUCAUCUGAAAAGAUACAGCACUGUCUUGGUUUGAAAAGACACGUGUCUACUAAGGAAGGCAGGAGCCUUCCCUGAACUGGAAAAUGUAAACCCUCUCCCUCUGAAUUAUUAUAAAUUUGAAAUUAAGGGGGGGCUCUCAGGCAAAG